AUGCAUGUCAGUGGAAUUCCCAUAAGUAAACAACUACUGUUAGCCUGCCUCCUCUUUAGCACUGUCUAUGGACAAACCUCAGGACCAUAUUUCAUGGUGACAUUUCCUGCAGUGAUAGAGUCUGGCUCUGAGGCUAAACUCUGUGUGAGUCUCCUGAGGCCUAAUGAGACUCUACAAAUGACCAUUUACCUCAUUCACAACAAUCACAGCAGAACACUUGUAGAGGAGACAGUGGAGGAAGAGUUUCAUCGCUGCUCCCAGUUCAAGGCUCCAGAGGUUGAUGGCCAGUCUCUGCAGGAGAUAAAAGUGCAAGUGAAAGGUGAAAGUUUUGAGAUGACAAAGAAAAGCAGAGUCCUGUUUAAGUCAUACAGCAAACUAACAUUUAUUCAGACUGAUAAACCAAUCUACAAUCCUGGCCAAACAGUGAAUUUCAGAGUUGUCGCCAUGGAUUCAAAUUUUGUUCCCCUUGAACAAAAGUACAGCGCAGUGACAUUGGAGGAUAAUAAUAAUAACAGAAUUGGUCAGUGGAUGAAUGUGUCCUCCUCAGGCCUGAUACUGCAGCUUUCUCAUAAGCUAAAUUCUGAGGCUCCUCAGGGCUUGUAUAAGUUGAAGGCCAACAUUGGUAACAAACUGACUGAACAUCAUUUUAAAGUGAAAAAGUAUGUUUUACCUAAGUUUGAGGUUACAAUAAAAGCACCAGAACAACAAAGCGUCGGUGAGGAGGAACUGAAGUUAGAGAUUUGCGGAAAGUACACAUAUCGACAACCAGUUUCUGGAAAAGCACUCUUGCGGGUGUGCCGGCCAUUCUGGAGGUAUGCUUAUUAUGAGGAUGUCCCUAUGAUUUCAUUAUGUCUGACUGAAACGGUGGAGCUCAGCAGGACUGGUUGUGCCUUUCCCUCCUUCAAUAUAUCAACAUUCAUGAAUACUGAAAUGGAAAGUAAUUUACAAGAUUCUCUUGCUGUUACUGCCACAGUGACAGAGGAAGGCACAGCAAUUUCCAUGGUAAAGUCUGAAAAUAUACAGCUCACUUUUCAAAUUGGUAAAGUUGAGUUCCUUGAUUUACCAAAAACCUUUGAACGAGGGACAAUUCUAGAGGGAAAAAUCAAACUUACAAAUUUCAGGGGAAGAGUCAUUCCCAACAAGACAGUCUAUAUUUUUACUGAAGGGUGGUCUCCAAAGCUACUUCUUAAUCUCACUACAGACAUGAACGGAAUGGCAAACUUCUCAAUGAAUGCACCUGAUGGCCCAGAAACACAAAUGACUCUGUUUGCAAGUGUUGUUCCACAAAUCCGAUACAAGUAUAAAACACCCCAUUUUACAACCAGUGAAGCCCAUAUACAACUGUUCCAACUUGCCACACCUUACAGUCCAGUAUACAGUCAAUUGUUAAUAGAAAGCUUAAACAAACCACUAAUAUGUGGUGCCGAAGCUUCCAUAACUAUUAAGUAUUACAUUGUUGGGGAAACCAAUGAGACUUUCAGCACUGAUAUUAUAUACAUGGUCUUAUCUAAAGGAGCUAUAAUCCAUCAUGGCUAUGAGAAAGUUGAAGUUAAGGAUUCUAGUAGGUUGAGAGAGGGAAAACUCUCUUUUGAACUGUUUAUUAGUACUGAGCUGGCUCCUACGGUUCAGGUUCUGGCAUACUGUGUACUGCCCAGUGAGAACAUUAUUGGUGCCAGCAAAAAUUUUGGCGUGGAAAAAUGUUUCAAAAACAAGGUGUCUCUGCAGUUCUCUCCCUCCCGGGCAGUUCCUGGGGAGGAGAACACUCUCCAGCUCUCAGCUCUGCCUGGUUCACUGUGUGGCCUCAGCGCAGUAGAUCAGAGUGUGUUCAUCAUGGAGCCCAGAGAUCGCCUGAACACUGACACGAUCUUUAAUUUGUUACCAGUGACAUCAGUGGUAGAUUACCCUUCUGAGGUUAAAGAUGAGGUGGAAUGCUUGCAUGAAAGUCUAGACUGGAAGGCUGGGAUAGACUAUGUUUACGAUGCUUUAAAGAGUGUGGGACUGCAGAUGGCAACUAAUUUGGUUAUUAGUGUACCUUACUGUCACAAUGAGUAUGAGUUCAUGGAGGAGCUUUCCUUGGUUCUAGAUGAGGCAUUAGGAUCAGCAAUAUCUGGAUUUCUCAAUGAUGUUAGUCCUUUAGAGACAGUUCGUACAUUCUUCCCCGAAACUUGGAUAUGGCAGCUUGUUGAAGUGGGAGACUCUGGAUCAGCACAGGUUCCGGUCACUGUCCCUGACACCAUCACCACAUGGGAGACGGAGGCUUUCUGCCUGUCCCCCCAAGGUCUGGGACUUGCUCCUCCUGCUGAGCUCACUGUCUUCCAGCCCUUCUUCCUGGAGCUCUCACUGCCCUACUCCAUCAUCAGGGGAGAGAUCUUUGAGCUCAAGGCCACUGUCUUCAACUACUUUCCUAAAUGCAUUUUGGUUAAAGUGACUCCAGCCCCCUCCACACACUACACUCUGAAAGCCUCCUCUGAUGGCCAGUAUUCAUCCUGUUUGUGUGCAAGUGGUAGGAAGACCUUCAAGUGGACUCUGACUCCAUCUGUGCUUGGAGUCAUGAAUGUGACAGUCAGUGCAGAGGCUGAACAGUCCCAGACUGUGUGUGACAAUGAGAUUGUGAGCGUUCCAGAGAGAGGCCGUAUUGAUACAGUCACGCGAAGCCUGGUUGUACAGGCUGAAGGAACUGAAAAAACCAAAUGCCAGAGCUGGUUGCUUUGUCCACAAGGGAGCAGUGUUUCAGAGGAGCUGGAGCUCACUCUUCCUGAAGAUGUAGUAGAGGGAUCAGCAAGAGCUUCUGUUUCAGUGCUUGGAGACAUACUGGGACGUGCACUAAAAAACUUUGAUGGACUACUUAGGAUGCCAUAUGGCUGUGGAGAACAAAACAUUGCUCUCCUCUCCCCCAAUAUCUACAUUCUUCAGUACCUACAGAACACUGGCCAGCUCACUGCAGCUAUUCGUGAGAGGGCGACUGAGUUCCUUAAGAGCGGAUACCAGAGGCAACUGAACUACAAGCAUUUUGAUGGUGCAUAUAGCACAUUUGGCAGGGGAGAAGGGAACACAUGGUUAACUGCUUUUGUCUUGAGGACUUUUGGCCAAGCACAAAAUUACAUCUUUAUUGAUCCAGAAAAUAUUGACAGUGCAAAGACAUGGUUGAUAAAAAAGCAGAGACCAGAUGGCUGUUUUAUCAGACAGGGGAGAUUGUUCAACAACAGAAUGAAGGGCGGUGUAAAUGAUGAUGUAACCAUGACUGCAUAUAUCACUGCAUCAUUGUUUGAACUGGGAGCUGAAGUCAUGGAUCCUGCAGUGAGUGGAGGGUUGAGAUGCUUAAAGUCCACUAUUGGUAACCUGACAAACACCUACACAACUGCCCUGUUGGCUUACACUUUCAGUCUGGCUGGAGAGAACGACGCUCGAGAUCAGUUGCUAACAGAGCUGGACAGUGUUGCCAUUUCAGGAGAUGGUCGCCUUCAUUGGUCUCAGUCAGCAUCAGGUGAUUCGGACUCCUUAGCAGUGGAGAUCAGCUCCUACGUGCUGCUCGCUGUUCUCACUACAGAUCAGCUCUCUACUGCUGACUUGGGCUACGCCAACAGGAUCGUCAGCUGGCUGGUGAGACAGCAGAAUCCCUAUGGAGGCUUCUCCUCCACCCAGGACACAGUGGUGGCCCUCCAGGCUCUGGCUCUGUACUCCACCAAAGUGUUCAGCUCAGAUGGCUCCAGCACAGUAACUGUGAAAUCAGCAGGUGGAGACAGUCACCGGUUUGAUGUUCACCAAAACAACAAGUUACUGUACCAGGAGAAACCUCUGCAGGAUGUUCCUGGCAAAUACAGCAUUGAUGUAAAAGGAUCCACCUGUGUGUCAGUACAGGUGGCUCUUUUCUACAACAUCCCCACACCUACUGAAACCAGCACAUUACACAUCAAAGCUGAGAUUGAGGGAAAUUGCACAAAAUCAUUUAGGAACACUUUGUCUCUCUUUGUCUCAGUCAUAUAUAAUGGAACAUUACCCAGCACUAAUAUGGUUAUAGUGGAUAUUAAGCUCUUAUCUGGAUUCACAGCUGAUCCCAGUGCCCUAAAAAAUAGCCAACAUAUGGAACGAGUUGAUUCUAAAGCUGACCAUAUUAUCAUGUAUAUAAAGGAGGUUCCAAGGAAUAUUCCUAUGUAUUAUCAGCUGUUUAUUAAUCAGGUGCUACCAGUCCAGAAUCUCAAGCCUGCUGUGAUCAAAGUUUAUGAUUACUAUCAAACAAGUGACCAGUCUGAAACAGAAUACUCAUCUCCCUGUGUGUGAAAUUUCACAUCUGCAGGCCCAUGUUAAAGGACUUGACUAUUUGCUGCAUCUUGCUUCAUUGAAUUAAUAAGUAAUUUUUGAUGCUAUCAUGCAUAUCUCAAAUAAAAGCAUAA